UCCUCUGAUCAGGAUCUGCUGUCCCUGACUUGGCUUUAACCUUCUGGAUGGAGUGAAGAAAAGCAGCUUUGUGGCCAGAAGCAGCUAAACACCGAGACAGUAGAGAGACUGCUCACAAGCAGGUGACAAGACCAUGGGUGACACACCCAUGAAGGGCAAGCUUCAUCAGGAAAGUCCUGUGAGAGCUGACCUGCAUCUGUUCCUCCCAAGAAAGCUCACAGGAGAUACCCUCCAGGACACCAAUCAAAGACAGGACUGCAAGCAGGAGGUGGAGACAGAAAGUGAUGUGGCGACGUCUCUUGGAAAGAGACUGGGAAUGGUAACUCCCUGGGGGUGUGAGGACAGUGGUAGAGCCCACAUCAGCAAGGUUAUCCUUGCUGGAGACAAGCCAGACCCACCCGUGUGUAGGACCGGCACCAUUUGGAUUCAGCAGGUGGGAGAGAAAACCUACGCGUGUCCCGAGUGUGGGAAGAGCUUCAGCCGGAGCUCGUACCUGAGCCAGCACCAGAGGAUCCACCUGGCAGAGAAACCCUUCAGCUGCUCCGAAUGCGGGAAGAGUUUCACCCGCAACUCGGACCUGAUCAAACACCAGCGGAUCCACACCGGCGAGAAGCCCUACCAGUGCAACGAGUGCGAGAAGACCUUCAGCCAGAGGUCCAACGUGAUCAGGCACCAGCGGACGCACACGGGGGAGAGACACUACCAGUGCAACGAAUGCGGGAAGAGCUUCAGCCAGAACUCGCAUCUCAUCGUCCACCAGCGAAGCCACAAGGGUGAGAAACCCUUCAGUUGCCCCCGCUGCGAGAAAAGCUUCAGCGACCGCUCCUCCCUGAUCAUACACCGGAGAGUCCACACGGGAGAGAAACCCCACAAGUGCCAGGAGUGCGGGAAGCAUUUCCGGGACAGCUCGGCCAUCAUUCGGCAUCAGAGGAUCCACACGGGAGAGAAACCCUACGAGUGCACCGAGUGUGGGAAGACCUUCCGGCAGAGCUCCUCGCUGGUGACCCACAUGCGAACCCACACGGGCGAGAAGCCCUACAAGUGCCCCGUGUGCGGGAAGGGCUUUAGCCAGAGCUCGGCGCUCACCACGCAUCGCCGGAUCCACGGUGGGAAGGCCGUGCCCAUGUACCAUGGUGGCCUCCUGCCCAGCCCCUACCAGUGUGCCGAGUGCGGCCGGAGGUGCAGCGACCGCUCCACUCUGGCCAAGCACCAGACCACGCACGCCGAGGAGAGGCCCUACAUCUGCGUGGAGUGCGGGGACAGCUUCCGACGGAGCUCGGCUCUCAACGUGCACCUGAGGAUCCACCGCGGGGAGAGACCCUACAAGUGUGAGGAGUGCGGGAAAACGUUCCGGCACAGCUCAGCCCUGGGUGCCCACCUGAGGAUCCAUGCAGGAGCCAAGCCCUACGAGUGCGGCGAGUGCGGAAAAAGCUUCCGGAAAAGCUCGACGCUUAAAGUCCAUUUGAAAAUCCACGUGGCCACCACCAAGAGACCUUAUAAAUGUACGGUGGGUAGGAGAAUGCUCGCUUCCCGCUCGCUUCUGCCGUAGUGCCGGAGUGGGAAACAAAAGCAGCAUUUGGGGGGCACCUGAAGAAGGUGGGUGAUGAGAACCACGGUGGGAAGAGACUGACUGGGGAUGCGGUAUCUCUAGUGUUGGGGCUGGGUGCUUCAUCCCAGUGCCACAAAAACCAUUAGGAAGCUAACUCUGGAAGCCCAGAGUUAGUCCUAAGAGCCGAGCGCUGGUGGUUUAGGAAGAGUGCUGAGAGCCAGAGGAAUAGGCACCAGCUUCUGGGUAAAUUUGGGACUGUGAAUAGGUGGUAGAAUAACAGCUGGGAGAAUCAGGCUCGUAAAAUAACCUUUCUACUAAAGCAAAGAUGAAAAUAAAAACUUCCAGGUCGGUUCUGACUCAAAACUGACUUGUUAGACACUGUCGUAGUCUUAGAAACUCUUUUUGUUACCUUUCUCCGUUUCUCACGAACGUAGUAAUUUUACCCAGUGUCUGACAAGGCGCUUCCAAAUCUUUUGAGCCCAAGACUUUGGAGCUGAACUUCGGUCUGUUUGUCUUUUUCUUCCUCUUUCCCAAAUCUCAUGGGAGAUGGGACCAUGUACUUCUCCCUCCGCCCACCCAGCCUGGGCUGAUGUGGCCACUGAGCAGGGCAGGACUGUCACAGCAGCUCCCGGGAAGCACGGACAUUCCCAGUUGGCAGGUUCUCUUGCCGGUUUGGAUACACCUUCCAACUUGGGACAUCAACAAAACGUGGGCAAAAAUGUGGCCUUACCUUAUUGAACCAAAAAAAAAAAAAAAAGAAAAAAAUACACACCUCUCACCCCCCACAAGAUGUCCCAGUUGGAAUCGGUAUCCCAUGAGCUCCUACUGGUAGUCCAGAGAUGGUUUGCAGUUUUUUAGUCCUUUUUAUGAGUUGUUUGUAAAGUAUUAACAUAUAAAGUCCAGUGUUAACAGUUAAGAAUUGCCCUGUUUGCAUUUAUUACGUUAACGACUGCGUAUUACACAAACCUCCUCUAUAUUGCCAUGUUUUAUUAAUACCUGUUUGUUCCCACCCUAAAUAAAACCAUUUUUUUUAAAUUA